UGUAGCUUGCGAUGCCUGUGUGAUUUGGAUCUAAAGUUAUUUUUUGCUUUGUUGCUACUAGUUUUUCGUGUAAUUGCAAUUCGAUAAUUCAAUUACAAAACGGUGCAAGAACAUAUUCAUUCGCGCGUGUUUGUGAUUGUGGGAAACCGACUUUUUUUUAGUGUGAAUAGCAACACAAAACGAGUACGACGUCAACAUAUGAAUGUGUGCAUUUUGAUACUAAUACAGAGUUGCAUACCGCCAAUAUUUUCGGCGAUGGCAGCUUUUAAAAUGGCUACGAAUGCUCCCAAUGUGGCAACGUAUUUGUAAAAGUCUCUAAUGUUUUAAUCACCUUCGACUUCAACACGUUCAACUGCAUUUGCCUGCAAGGCAAAAAGCUUUGAAAAUAAUGCCGCGUUUUCGUAAUGAUAAUAACGAACAGAUCCGGUAUCAAGAUGGUGAUGUGGUCUGGGUAAAAAUACACAACACAGAAAUCUGGUGGCCUGGUGAGAUAACACUAUCACAAGACUUUCGUUUCGCCAGCUCCAAUCGACCUCCAUUUGCAGUUGUUGCAUUCUUUAAUGAAAAAACGUUUGAACAGGUCCGAUCUCCUAAGUUAAUUUCACCAUUUCAAUGCCCGCAUAAGAAUGAGUUAAUACAGCGCGGCACAAGAAAAGCUGAUAGAUUACAUAUGAAAGACAAAUUUUGCGACGAUGUGAACAUUGCUGAAUUUCGUUCUCAACAACGAGAAGCUGCAGAAAGAGUCACCAAUAGGGUCAGAGGAGACAGUGACAGCAAGCCAGAUAGUUUAAUCAAAGCGCUGUUGUCGAGUAAUAGCAGCAAUAAAAACACCAAUGCCCGCCUGCCGUUUCCCCAAGCUCCAUCAUUUAUGCAGAAUGAGUCAACGUUCCGCAUUAUGGAUAUUGGCGGCGGGAAGCCAGCCAACACUGAUCAACGCGUCAAAGAGGAAAGCUACGAGUGCAACACAUGCAACUUUCGCACCACCAGCAUGAGUGUGUUGCUCAUUCAUCGUCGGGCCCAUCAUAAAAAUAGCGAACAACGUUCAACGCCAGAAAGGGAAUAUUAUGGAACAAAUGUGACAAAUAAAACGCGCGCCAAACGCCGCGCUAACACAACAACAAGCGGCGGAACCAAAUUGCGUUGCGAUAGUCUGACACAUGCCACAUUUUCAAAAGAUUCAGUUCGCUGUCAUUCACGUCACGUAUCAAUUGUGGUUGAUGCGCCAUUGACGGGUGAGGAUCAGCUGAAAGUGGCUGCUAUUGUGAAAAAAACUAUGGCCAGCAUAGAACGUGUUGUGCAACCAUCGGUGCCAACAGAAUCGGUGUUCUGUCAAACAUUAUUGCCGAAGUCGAAGCAAACACAGCGUAGAAACACGCAGCAUGCAUCAGUAGGGCGUGGUGGUCAACAUAAUGAUCAAUUAAGUACUACAAUGGCAGCCCCUGUACCGUCUAUUACCAAACAGCGCCGCCUUACUCGCUCCAUGACGGCAGCAACCUUGUCAGCGGCGCCAUCAACAGCUUUAUCAUCCCCAGCAAAAUCCACAAUCCUGCAUCCUCCGUUGCUAUCACCACAGUCUUCACCCACCCGCAGGGUUGGUCGUCGAUUGGCACCAGAUGCGAGACGUCAGACCAUAGUUUUAAUUAAUGCACCGAUUUCAGCCACAGACAAAAAAGUGCCAACCAAAAGCAAACGGGCCCUGCGCAACACCCUUACGUUCCCACCACGUUCUUCUAGUUCUACAUCAAGAUCGAGAACCAGUGUGUCCCCAAGACCGCCCAAACAACAACGGUCGCAUGUUAACUCCCGCAGUGUCGUCAGUUCACCUACAAGGAGCACAAUUUCAUCUGUUGUGACGCCAAUCCUAAAGAAUUGUGCAGAUGUAGCCAUGUCCCAGCGCAACACUGCUGCAUCAUUUGAACUACAACAGAGCCUCUUGGCUGAGUGGUGCGAUGAUGAGCUCGAUGAGUCACCAAUUAAAAAUGUCGAUUGCAUAGUUACAGCCCCAACCACUUUAGAAACGACCACUGAAAAUUGUGCCGAUAAUAGCACAGUAAAGGCAGUGGAUCCUAAAGUUAAUACUGAUUAUAUACAAGAAAGUGAUAACAACCAGAGUGUCAAGAAAUGCGAAAAUGGCACACCAAAGAUUGAUCGAGGUAAGGGGACCUUACAAAAGUUGAAUGAGGCAACCACUGCAGCAACAUCAAAAUUGUAUAGCGGUGUUGGCAAUGGUAAUAACUUUAUUCCCACUAUAAAUAUUAAUAAUAACUACUCCGCCUGUUGCUUCGAUUUUGAGGAGGAUGAGAAGCAACAGCAUCAUGAAACUUCGGCAGAUAAGCAAAAUGGACUCAGCUACAGAGAUCGUUUAAAAGUUACCGCUAAUGCUUCUGCGCAGACCAAUAUUGCUCCCCAGCAAAAGGUGGUGGAAGAAAAACUGCUGCCAUUUAUUGAAGAAAGUAAAGAAGGACAGCAACAAAAUAUGGAAAUAAACAAACAUGAUAUAAAUUUAUCGAACGAUGAAUUGUUUAAUGGAUUUGAAGAGGAUUGGGUGCAGGCAGCUGCAGCAGCUGAGAUAGAGGCCGAGCGCGAGCAGGAAUCAUCUAAUAAAUUAAGUUUACCAAUUAAGGAACGCCAGAAGCGAAUAUUCAAAUCACGCAACAAAUCAUUGCAAAACUAUGACCAUACGUUGCUAAGUUCAGUGCCCGUUUCGGUAGAACCAUCUGAAAAACAGAUUGGUUCUCGAAAGAGUAUGCCGUCAAAAACAAUUAAAAUUGAACAUGAGCAGCGGCAAGGAAAAAUUAAAUCAGUAGCUAAUAGUUCGGAUCAUCACUUAACCAAAAUAGACAAGCGACGCCAUAAUCAGAAGCCACAAGUUGGCAAUUUGAAAAAGAAAGUUCGCACCGUGCUGAACCGAACUAAAGUGCGAGGAAAGGAGUACGAUUAUAAAGAAGUAUCUUCUUCAACACAGGCGUCGGAUUUUGGAACAUCUAAUCAGUUGCUGACGCCACCAGUAGUUGAUGAGCUUAGCAACUUGAGUAGCACAGCUAGUUGUUUCGGCUUGGCAUCCCCAGCAUUCAGUUCUAGCACCAGUUGUUCAGUUGCUUCCAACAUAGCGGUUAUUUCGGCUGAGGAGGCACGUGAACUUCAACGCUUAGCGCCUAGCGCUGUAAAUGAUGAUAGUGGUACUUGCGAUAUUCCACAGCAUACCAACACUAUCAUUGAUGCGACACAACCGGUUCUCCGUGGUGGCGUGCUCAUAUUGGAAAAUAUACGGCUGCCAAACCUUUAUGAAAGACCACAUGCUAAUAGCAGCGAAACUACAACUACGAGUGUACCGAUUGUAGCAGACAGUCGUGACUCAACCAGUAAGCAAUUAAGCUCCAUAUCUGUCGAUCUACAAACUGUCUAUAGUGAUGAGAACAGCGAGAGUGCUGAGAAUUCAAUGUCGCUACCCUCUUUGGUCAUGAAGUCUGAUAAUGAAGAAGUUGCAAAUAAAAUGCAAGACAUUGAUGAACCAAUUUUGAUGGAAGAAGAGGAAAUAAAAGUGAAGAAAACUCAAUGCUUUAAAGAACACUCUACAGUGCAACAAGCACCAUCGUCGGCAGACUUGGGUAUAUUAUUGAACUCUCAUGAAGGCUGUCCCGUUCUGGGAGCCGUAGAAGCGAGUCAGUGCGUUGCCCCAUCACGACAAAUGUUUACAAAACGCGAGCAGGAGCUAUUGCUGCAAAACGAGGCGGAUCAGCUCAACGGACGUAGUGCAGAGAAAUGUCGAAUGGCACGCGAGCGCUGGAGUAGAAGAAAACAUACGAUUCAGCAAAACGACAAGCCUUUCUUUGAAGAUUCAUGCGAAUUGGAUGCGCUGCACAGAAAAAAUAAAAUCGUCAGUCAGCCGCAGAAGGUAGAAACGAUGAUGCCCCAAACAUCCGUAAAAGAAAGUACACAGCUGCGUCAUCAAGAUGUGGUGAAAGCGAAGCAACAGUUAGCGCAUCUGCGAGCAAGACAUUGCCGUCCAGCGUCCCUGCCAACAUCUCUACCACUGUGCAGAACAGAUCAACGCGAGCGGAAACGUUUGCGCAACGUGAUAAGUGAAAACGACCACGAGAAUAUAGCGAUGCCAGCAAAAUUUAACAAUCACAAGCACAAGGCGGAUUUCAUAGAGGUCAAGCAAGAGCCAACAAUAGUACAGCGCAGUGCAACACCAAUGGAGUGCGGGGAAAAUGCACCAGGCGCAACGAGUCAACUGGGCGCUGGUCGCAUAUGUGCUGUUAUGACUCGACCCAUACCUGGGUAUAAUCAUACCUUCAUGCUUUGUUCGUUAGCUAACAAUAACUUCACGCCACUAAAUAAUGUGGCUCUGUACUUGGAUAACGAAAAAAAUCAUUUAGUGCCUGUACCGGACGAAGUGCUAACCGAACCGCCUCGUCUGGCCGAUGGACAUCCACUCUCCGCUGUUUUCACGGACAUUGAUUUUCUCGAUGGAGAGACCAUGGGCCAUAUACUGGACCAACAGCAAGAUCAAGAAGAAGAAGAAGAAGCAAAUGAGGUGACAUUUGCUGCUGUGCCGUAUUCUUCGCCUGCUCUUGAAAUUAAUAGCGAUCCAGAAAGCGAGCAGGGAUCUGCUGUUGGUAUUAUAGAUGAGAGGGACCUUGUCAGCAGUCACACCAACACAGUUAGAACUCACGACUUCUAUGGCCAUGCUGAUAAUACUAUCGAUGAGUCGUCUGAUAAAGAAGAUAGGGAUAUACUGCAAAUGCAAUCACAAAACAAUAACCCUCAACUUACGCUGAACGACGAUCAGAUGCAUCCUAAUAUGCUGCUGCUGAGCGUUAAUGGUCAUCGCCUGGAGCUGGAUCCAUUGGCGCUUAUUAGCAUAGCGGAACAACCCGACUCAAAUAUUGAACUAAUCGCGGAUGAUGGUGACCGCGUAUAUUUGCACGGGAGCGACAUAUUACAAGCAGCCCAGGAAUAUCUUCAAGAGCGCGACCUGCAACUGGUCAAUGUAGAAGAGCUUAUGGCAAGCAGCAGUAACGAGGUUGAAACGCUAAAUAGUGAGGAAAUCAGCGACGACGGAAUAUCCAGACUCGCUAGCACUGGCAUAGGUGUUCUGAACGUAAAUGCGCGAACUGAAACUACAUCAUCGGCACUGCUGGCAGACAGUGACAACGAUGAUAUUGAUGAUAAAAAAGUGGGUCAUGUGUAUAUACCGCCAUCGGCAGCAACAAAUUUGACCCCUCCCAUUACUGCGCGCACAAACGAAACAAACGCGCUGCUCAAUCAGAUGCCCAUUAUGUCCACGCUCGAGCAUGUCAGCGGUGUGCAGCUACGUCGUGUUUCGCCACUAACUGAUGCCAAUUUAGAAGACAGCUUGGCAGUUAUUGGUGUGGUGGCAAAUAAUGUCAAUAGCAAUGUGCCUACUUCUCUUGAGCUACCCAUCACAAUCACUAAUCCAGCGAUUGCACCACGCCUGGCCUCACCAGCUGCCGAUAUCGUAGAAUUUAAACCAUUUUAAUAGAUUUAAAGUCGUUAAAUAACUUAUGUUAAAUAAAUAUAGUCGCAGUCUCCUGUGGAAGUCGGUUUUAAGUUCUAUAUAUUAAUUACGAUUCACAACAGCUUGAAAAUGAAGUUCAUAAGUUGUAUUAUAAUUUGAUUAAUAUUACUACUAUUUUUAAACAAACAAUUUUCCUUAGCUUAAAAAUGAAGAGUUUAUAUAUAUUUUUUUUAUUUAUUAAAAUCGAUUCACAACAUAUAGUACAUGGAAAAUUGCUUAGCUUUUUGAUUUAAAGCAUGCAAUUAGUGCUUGAAAAUGAAG